GUAAGCAACAAGUUUCUUCUUGGGGAAUAAAAUCAGCAGUGUUGCUAUUACAAAAUGACAAAACAUCCACCGAAUAGAAGAGGGAUCAACUUUGAGGUGGGAGCCCAGUUGGAAGCCCGUGACAGAUUAAAAAACUGGUAUCCAGCUCACAUUGAAGAAAUUGAUUAUGAGGAAGGGAAAGUACUCAUCCAUUUCAAGCGCUGGAACCAUAGAUACGAUGAAUGGUUUUGCUGGGACAGUCCUUACUUGCGUCCCUUAGAGAAAAUACAGUUAAGAAAAGAAGGGUUACAUGAGGAAGAAGCAUGUGCAGGAUUUCAUAUAAAUGAUCGAGUAUUGGCAUGCUGGUCAGACUGUCGCUUUUAUCCGGCCAAAGUUACUUCUGUUAACAAAGACGGUACAUAUACUGUGAAAUUUUAUGAUGGUGUAGUUCAGACUGUCAAAAACAUUCAUGUCAAAGCUUUUUCCAAAGACCAGACUAUCGUGGGUAAUGCUAAGCCUAAAGAAAGAGGUAAUGAAAUUCCGUCAUCUCCUGAAAAGCGGGAGAAAUUUAAAGAACAGAGGAAAGCAACAGAUAAUGCAAAGAAAAACAAGGAUGAAAAGACAUUAAAGACUGAGAAAAGGGUUAAGCAGUCUGAUAAAGAGGGAAAAUUGAUAGUCAUCUCAGAAAAAGGCAAGGGCUCAGAGAAGAAUAUAUCUAAGAAUGGAAAAGAAGAUAAAGAGAAUAUAUCAGAGAAUGAUAUGGAAUAUUCAGUAGAUACAGAAAUUGAGAAGAAGCCUGAGAACGACAAUGUAAAGAGUCCACAGGAAAAUGUAAAAGAAACUAAACGAAAACGUGGAAGGCCACCAAUAACUCCUCCAACAGAGCAAAGUUCUCAGAGGCUGCAGCCCAUAGCUUUAGAGUUAAGACGUCGGAAAAUACCUAAAGGAGGAGAAGUUCCAGCGAAGCGUCCCAGGAUUGAAAAAAAUUUGUCUCAGGAAAAAUUGAAAGGCUCUUCAGAGAACCAUGAGAGAGACCAGAUUAGGAGGCGAUCUUCAAGACUCUCAUCUGGCGUUAGCCAUGAGAUUGAAAGUACGGAUCACAACACAGCAACUUCGACAGAAAGUCAGGCUUUGAAAGAUGCAGUAUCUCACCCAAAGGAACCUAAGAAGGUUGAGUUGGAAAUUCCUGUUGAAACUGACCAAAAUGUCCACGAAGAAGCAUCUUCUGGGGAUGCAUUGCACACUGCAGUACUUGGUGCAGAUGCCAGCCUAAAAGAAGAAAAAGUUGAAGACACUGAGCCUUCCUGUGCUACUGACAGGCCUGACGAACCUCCUGCUGCUACAGUAACAAAACCUUUUAGGAGAGCAAAUUUUCUUGCAUCAAAAGCUGCAACUGUUGAUCAAGAUCACAAGUUUAGAUGCAAGUUUUUGGACUGUUCAAAAUCCUUCCGCAAAGCCAAGUUAUUGCAUUAUCACAUGAAAUAUUUUCAUGGAGUGGACAAGGCUGCAGAAUCACGGCAGAACCCAGUAAAAAGAAAUAUUCAAACUAGAAGUUCUUUGGCUUCUGAAAGAGCUAAUCAAGAGAGAUCUAGAAGAGGACGGACUACAGUUGUUUCCAUGUCUGUUAAAGAGCAGGAGAAGAGCAAAGAGAGAAGAUCCAAAGACUAUGGAAGGUCCAAAUCGAAGAAGAAGAAAAAAAAGAAAAGGAAAAUAAAGCCUGAAUACUCUGGAAGUGAAGAAAGCACAGAUGUUUCACAGGAGCUUUCUCCUGAAAAAACAGUUGUCCCAAAAUACUGUUCUGCAAAUAAGUCACCUGCGCACCCAAGCACACUGCUGCAGGGUUCCGACUCUGCACAGCACAGAGGAAAGUUGAAAACAAAUGAGGAAGACACCCUGAGUGAAUCAUCUACGGAUAGUUUGCUUUGGAGUGAUGACAACUGCAGCCAGGAUAUCGAUGUGACCACUAACCCUGACGAAGAAGUCGAAGAAAGUGAUUUGGAGAUUGUUCGGUGCAUUUGUGAAGUAGAAGAAGAAAACGACUUCAUGAUUCAGUGUGAAGAGUGUCUAUGCUGGCAGCAUGGAGUCUGCAUGGGUUUGCUGGAAGAUAAUGUACCUGAGAAGUAUACCUGCUAUAUCUGUCAAGAUCCUCCAGGUCAGAGGUCCAGCUUAAAGUACUGGUAUGAAAAAGAGUGGUUAAGUAACGGUCACAUGCACGGCUUAGCAUUUUUGGAAGAAAAUUACUCCCACCAGAAUGCCAAGAAGAUCGUAGCCACUCACCAGCUGCUUGGCGAUGUACAGAGAGUCAUAGAAGUUCUGCACGGGCUGCAGCUGAAGAUGAGCAUAUUACAAAAUAAAGAACAUCCUGACUUACAGCUGUGGUGUCAUCCAUGGAAGCACAUCACUGUGGAUGAAAAGAUUCAUACAAAACACAUCAUUCACAUUGAAGAGAACUGUUGCAAAGAGGAGACUGCAAAUUACAGAACUUGGAACGGGACCGCUGAGAAGCCCCCAGCCCUUCCUUCGGUGGAGGAGUCUUACAUCACGAGUGAGCACUGCUACCAGAAACCCCGGGCGUAUUACCCUGCCCUGGAGCAGAGACUGGUGGUGGAAACACGAGGCUCAGCCGUGGAUGAGGGAGUGAACAGGAUAAGGGAGAAUGGGGAUGAUGUCCUGUCGGAGAGAUUCGGUUGGAACCUGGACCGAGAAAUAUGCAAGAUGGAGAGCGAAUCCAAACACAAUUAUUCCAAGGUGAGAGAGGCUGCGUCCAAGAAGGUAUCUCCAGAGGAAGCCAUUGAAAUGAAACUGCUGGAGAAGGACAAAGAAGGAGUUGUGAACUCACAGCUGCAGUGGCAGCUCAAUCUUUUAGCUCAUGUGGAGUCCCUGCAGGAUGAAGUUAUACACAGAAUGGACUUCAUUGAGAAGGAACUAGAUGUUCUGGAGAGCUGGCUGGAUUAUACUGGAGAGCUGGAACCGCCAGAACCACUAGCUCGACUUCCCCAACUCAAACAUUGUAUAAAGCAGCUUAUCACGGACCUAGGCAAAGUGCAACAGAUUGCGCUUUGCUGCUCAACGUGAAACUAGAGAAUACUGGAAAUCGCUGCCAAGUGUGAAGCUGGAGCAUCUGACGUGAACAGCUCUGUGUAUUUAAGUGAAAUUAGCAUGCUGGUUGCAUGUAAUGCAGACUGACUUCAGGGAUUCGUGAAGAAGUGCUGUUCAAAGAACAGAAGGGUUAUUUUCUCUCAUGUUUAGGGUUUAUUAAACAAUUAUAACAGUACGGAAGGGGUUAUAUUGUUCUCCUCAAAGUUUGGGCCUUGGCUGAUAAAUUACACUUAAACUUUCCCACCUUACAAGUUGUCCAUGGAAAUGGUAGAAUUCUUCAUAAUUGAAGCGACUAAAAAUUGUGCCACUGAAGAACAGAGUUCUAAGAGCCAAAAAUGUUUAGUUGACAGAGGUUGUAAAUAAUUUUCCAUAGUUUGUGACUUGUGUCAUGUUUAAUUCCUUCUGGUUUAUGCAUAAUAGCACACAGUAUUUAAUCAUUAGAAAACAUUAUAACAGUUUUCAGUCUUAGCAAGUAUGAAUGUCCAGCUCUUACUGUAAACUGUUACGUGGAGGUUUGCAAGUAACACGGGUCUAAACCCCACUUCGAGUACAUUAAGUGAUGUAGCAGAAGGUCACAGGUGGCUUGCACUUGCUUUUCAGAA